GAUGCUUAGGACUCUGUAGGGAGAACCAGCCAGGCAGCACAUCACAGCGGGAGGAGCUCUCCCAGGUGGCGCAGCUCAGCAAUGGCAAUGGGGGUCCCCAGAGUCAUUCUGCUCUGCCUCUUUGGGGCUGCACUCUGCCUGACAGGGUCCCAAGCCCUGCAGUGCUACAGUUUUGAGCACACCUACUUUGGCCCCUUUGACCUCAGGGCCAUGAAGCUGCCCAGCAUCUCCUGUCCUCGCGAGUGUUUUGAGGCUAUCCUGUCUCUGGACACCGGGUAUCGCGCGCCGGUGACCCUGGUGCGGAAGGGCUGCUGGACCGGGCCGCCUGCCGGCCAGACGCAAUCGAACCCGGACGCGCUGCCACCAGACUACUCGGUGGUGCGCGGCUGCACAACUGACAAGUGCAACGCCCACCUCAUGACUCAUGACGCCCUCCCCAACCUGAGCCAAGCACCCGAUCCACCGACGCUCAGCGGCGCCGAGUGCUACGCCUGUAUCGGGGUCCAUCAGGAUGACUGCGCUAUCAGCAGGUCCCGACGGGUCCAGUGUCACCAGGACCAGACCGCCUGCUUCCAGGGCAAUGGCAGAAUGACAGUCGGCAAUUUCUCAGUCCCUGUGUACAUCAGAACCUGCCACCGGCCCUCCUGCACCACUGAGGGCACCACCAGCCCCUGGACAGCCAUCGACCUCCAGGGCUCCUGCUGUGAGGGGCACCUCUGCAACAGGAAAUCCAUGACCCAGCCCUUCAACAGUGCUUUGGCCACCACCCCUCCCCGAGCAGUACAGGUCCUGGCCCUGCUCCUCCCGGUCCUCCUGCUGGUGGGACUCUCAGCAUAGACUGCCCCUCCAGGAUGCUGGGGACAGGGUUCACACACCUCCUUCUUGCUGCUUCAGCCCCUAUCACAUAGCUCACUGGAAAACGAUGUUAAAAUAAGAAUUGCACUCCUGUCCCUCUGGCCUUCCAUCUCUCCCUCCCUCGUGCCCCCCUGGUCAACAGGACUGGAAGAAACUGGACACAGUCACCAGUAUCCCAGGGGAGGGCAAAACAGCCAUGUCCUGCCCUGAUGAAGAGCAAUUCUCAUCACAGCUGUUACUUACUGAGCACCAGGCACCCUGUAACACGGCUUCCUGUGCUCUCCCUCCAGAGCUUGUCGCAGCUCUAGGAGGGAGCUAUACAUUGAUGUCUUGAUUA